GGCGGCCGCGCUUCAUUUCUCCGGCCACGCCGCCCCGGUGCAACUUCCCACGUCCCAUCUCAGCCCCGGAAUCAAGCCAGGAUCGGCGCUUUCCCUCCCUCCCUCCCAAUCCUCGUUUGCCACAAGGGCAUUUUUUCCCCCAGGGAUUGGAAGCUCCCUUGGCUCGAAGCCGGGCAGUUGAAGGAGCCCGAGAUCGCCAGGGCUCGAUUGGGCGGCUGCCUCCCUCUCGCCCGCCUCCCCUUCCAUCCUUGCAGAGGGAAGGAGAUUCCCCCGGCCCCUAAAAAUACCCCAAAGACCGACCGAUCGCCCGCUUUUUGCGUCCCAUCCCUCCCUCGCUCCUUCCCCGCCCCGCAUCCGCAACGAAGGUGGAGCCGGAGCGCGCCGACACCUGGCCGGCCAAGAUGCCCAUGGAGCUGACGCAGAGCCGGAUCCAGAAGAUUUGGCUGCCCCCGGAUAACCACCCCACCUUGCCGCGCCGGUUAUGUGGUCCACAGCUCACCAAUUCCCCCACCGUAAUUGUGAUGGUUGGACUUCCGGCUCGCGGGAAAACCUACAUUUCCAAAAAACUCACCCGCUACCUCAACUGGAUUGGCGUGCCGACGAAAGUGUUUAACGUGGGGGAGUAUCGGCGCGAGGCUGUGAAACAUUACAGCUCUUACAACUUCUUCCGUCCAGACAAUGAGGAGGCCAUGAAAGUGCGCAGACAGUGUGCCUUAAGUGCCUUAAGAGACGUCAAGCUCUACCUGUCUGAGGAAGGUGGACAGAUUGCGGUUUUUGAUGCCACCAACACGACGCACGAGCGAAGAUCAAUGGUCUUGCAUUUUGCCAAAGAAAACGGAUACAAAGUCUUCUUCAUUGAGUCCAUCUGCAAUGACCCGACGGUGGUUGCGAGCAACAUCAUGGAAGUCAAGCUAUCCAGCCCAGAUUAUAAAGACUGCAACUCAACGGACGCCAUGGAAGAUUUCAUGAAGAGGAUCAGCUGCUAUCAAUCCAGUUACCAGCCUCUUGAUCCGGACGGAUACGACAGAGAGUUGUCACUCAUCAAAGUGAUCGAUGUCGGUCGAAGGUACCUGGUGAACAGGGUCCAGGACCACAUCCAAAGUCGGAUUGUCUACUACCUGAUGAAUAUCCACGUGCAGCCCCGGACUAUCUACUUGUGUCGGCACGGCGAGAGCGAAUUCAACCUCAAAGGGAAGAUCGGGGGCGACUCGGGGCUCUCCAGCAGAGGCAAGAAGUUUGCCGGCGAGCUGAAUAAUUUUGUCAAGGAGCAAAACCUGAAAGAUCUCAGAGUCUGGACCAGCCAUCUAAAGAGGACAAUACAAACAGCAGAAGCUCUUAAUCUGCCCUACGAGCAGUGGAAGGCUUUGAAUGAAAUUGAUGCUGGGGUGUGUGAAGAUAUGACUUAUGAUGAAAUCAAAGAAAAAUAUCCGGAAGAAUUUGCUCUACGCGACCAAGAUAAAUAUUAUUACCGCUAUCCAUCUGGAGAGUCCUAUCAAGAUCUGGUGCAGAGACUGGAGCCGGUGAUCAUGGAGCUGGAAAGGCAGGAAAACGUCCUUGUGAUUUGCCAUCAGGCCGUCAUGCGUUGCCUUUUGGCUUACUUCCUCGACAAAAGCGCAGAAGAAAUGCCCUAUCUGAAAUGCCCUCUCCAUACAGUACUGAAAUUGAGUCCUGUGGCUUACGGUUGCCGGGUGGAGUCCAUCUAUCUGAACGUGGAAGCUGUGAAUACUCACCGGGACAGACCAGAAGAUGCAAAGAAGGGACCUCACGCGCUCAUGCGGCGCAAUAGCGUGGUCCCUCUGGCAAGUCCAGAACCCGUCAAAAAACCUCGCAUGAACAGAUUUGAGGAACAUGCCGCCGCUUCGGCUGCCUUACCAGUCCAUUCCUGCCUCUCUCCCGAAGGCCCCGUCCAGCUUCCCGGACAACAGAACUUGAACCCUCCACACAACCAACCUUGAGGAUCUCUUUUUCGGCGGGAACGUCGGGAAUCGCGGGUGGAAGCCAAAGCGCCAGGCCAACCCUCCAUCUCCGCAAACUUGCCGUCUGCUCCACAACAUCUCCAGUUCGACUCCAGUUGAUUUGUUGAUGAUCUCCCAUCGCUGGUUUACCUUGCCUUCUUGGACUUAAGAAAACGGAGCGGCGGAAGGAGGAAACACCAGAGAGAGAGAGAGAGAGAGAAAUAAAGAGAGAGAGAGAGAUGAAGGAAAAAAUAAAGGAAAAGGAAGAGACUAUUUCAUCAGCAUAUAAACUGUGGAUCUGAACCUGAUUUUAAAAGCGGGAUUCUGUUUUGUUUUUUUCCCCAUCUACUCCAACUUGAUAGACUCCAGCAAGCAUCAAAGUGCUCCUGGGUGUUGUUGUUGGUUAUUAUUCUGUUAGUUUUUUUUUUUUAAGCAACGAGUUUGCCUUUGAGAAGAUUACAGUGCUCAUCCCAGCAGGGUUAGGGUCAGCCUAGGUGGGCUUGUAGCUAAGACAGAGGCGAGAGGGGAGAUGAAAAGUCUUCUCUUAACAUUUACCAGUCUGUUCCAUCUCUUCAUUUCCACCUUAGACAUGCACUGAGAAGAAAGGAUUCUCCCUGAAUUUUAGCUGUCCUUGCAAGCUGGUCCAAGACAGCCCGAUCAGUUGCUCCCACACAGGCAGAGAAGAGAGAGGGGGGGGGGGCAAAAAACAAUUGUGAAAAGUUGUUUUAGUUCCACAAGCUAAAGCGCACAAACUUUUGCAAACGAGAGCCUCUCGUUCCUUCUAGGGGAUUGCAUAACCAGUUCUGUCCCGCAACAUCUGCAGGGUCAUCCACAGGGACUACAUCCUGGUGCUGCUUUGGGAUAUAUGUGUGUGUUUGUGUGCGUGAGUGUGGGACACGACACUUUGCACUUGGCUUCUUUUCUAGGGUGGGUGUGGGGACUUCCCACGCAGGCAAGACCCCCCCCCCAGCCCAUUUUUUUUAAAAAGUCCGGUGUUAAAGAGAUGCACUGGUCGUCUUUUCAGACCUCUGUGUGUGUGUGUGUGUGUGUGUGUGUGUGUGCCUUCCCCCCUUUGUGUGUGUGUGUUUGUGUGUUGACUUGUGGGAAGGUCUGUUUGAAGACCAGCGAAGUUGUAAGAUGCCUCUUUUAUGUUACAAGCAUCUCGCGGUGCAAACAGGGUAUGUUCCUAUCGACUGACGAAUGAGCCCCCCGCAACCGAGUCUCUUGUAGAUAUCUGCAAAUUGACAGCUGGCAAAGGCUGGGUUUUUCCCCCAGCUUUCCACUCUUGUUUUAGCCACAAGAAACGGUUUCUCACGUUUGAGGCUCCACUGUGUAUCCAGCAUAAAUCUGCAGGUUUUUCAUAUCAUCAAGGAAAGGGAGACGAUUCCAAGUUUUGUUCUAAUGUGCGGCCAAUAAAAGCCAUGCGGCGGAGAAGGGCUGAUGUAGCCCAACGCAUUAAAGUAGCUGCGUUAGGAGCAAAGUUAAGGUUAGUUUCAUUCAGGUGGAUUGAUUUAUUAUGGGCCCCCAGGGACACCCUUCUCCUUUUUGUUUUUUUUUUUAAUUCAAAUAACUAUUCUUAGUAGUGGUAGGGUUAUUAUUUUAAAACGAUCAUUUUUGCUAGUUUUAAAGGACAUCUGAGUAAAUAAGCUUGCUUUCCUUUAUAACCUGAAUUUAUCCUGGCGACUUUUCUCAGCCGUUCUCCUGUUUCCCAGGUAGGCUCCUCAAAUUCUCAGUCCUCAAUUCGACAGCGGGCUCAAAUAAAAUGGAACGCUUAAAAAACAAAAUCCAACGUUAUUUAAAAUAGUCCAAAGUAACGAGGUCUUUGGGAAACUUGAUGUCCUCGGUGCGAAUUUGGGUCAUCGGGCGCGUCGCCACAAGUUGAUCAAGCCAACAGGAUGAUGAUGAUGAUGAUGAUGUGUGACUUAACAAAAGUAACAGUAGCCGGGUUUCGAACGCAAGCCCUCUUUUUAAGGCUGAACUGAUCUGCCAAAGCAACCCUGGAAAAGCUGGCCAGGAUGAGAUAAGAGCUGGAUAAGAUGAGCUCUCCAAGGCGGGAUGGUGGCAGGGCGAUGGAGGUGAUUUUAUUUUCCAAAUAAAGGAUUGUUUGACCCAA